CAAGAUCUUAAGAUUAAAGUAUCAUUUUGGAAAUCUUAAUUUUUCUGAAAUUUCUAAUAUCUCUAAUCCUUAAUAUGGAGACGUCUUUAUACUCAAUAAAAAUAAGAAAUAGUUAAACGUCUUUCUCCCUUUAAAUGUAGUAUUACUGACAUGCAGUUUUCUUCCAUCGGUUCCUGCCAUUAAAAACUAUUGUCAAUUAAUAUUGAUCUGUCAUAUUCCUUAUUCUUUGUAAAUUAAGUUCAAAAUGAUGGAAAAAACGAGCAAAGACGACGAGGAAGGCUACAAAUGGGCCCUAAAACAGUAUAUCAUGAAAGGCGAUGGUGAUGAUGAAGAAUGGAAAAAACGAAGAGCUAAUCCACUGACUGAAAUGUCACAGAGAGCACGACGUACUCAAACUGAUUUAAUUCACGAUGUUCAUAUAAGAAUCAUGGCUUCUCUUGUGCCAGAUGAGAUUAUUUAUAAUAUUGGAGAUUAUUCUAAGAGAGAAUUGGAAGCUUGUUUGCUUUUUGGUGAUGUUUCUGGGUUCACCGAUCUAUGCGAAAAAUACAAUAAAUCUGGAAAGGGUGGUCCUUCGCGACUAACCCAGGUCUUAAAUGCCUACAUCGGUGCUAUGGUACAAGAAAUACUAUCUCACAGUGGUGAUGUCUUAAAAUUUUCUGGAGACGCUUUUAUAGCUAUGUGGAAGGAAACGGAUCAUUUGUCUUUAAGGGAUGCAGUUCACGAGGCCUUAGAUUGUGCUUUGGUCAUACAAAAGUCUUAUGGGACUUAUCAAACUGAUGUUGAUGUCAUUGUACGAGUGAAGUUAGCAGUAGCUUGUGGUCACAUUACCUUCUCCUUAUUAGGCGAUGAAGGAAAUUCCCAUUAUCUAAUGAUUGGACAACCUGUAUUAGACAUUAAAACUGCCGAGUCUAAAAGUAUUGCUGGCGAAAUUGUCGUCAGUGCUAGAGUUUCCCACCACAUUAGUGCUAACGAAUAUCUUAUAGAAUUGUUUCCGGAUGGAAUUCAUGCAAAGGUUCUUGGAGUUGGCCCUAACUGGCGUAACAUUCAAAGACAUUACGACACCAGAACAGACUUUGAAUCGUAUAGCAUUUUAAGCGCAAAUAUUGAAGGAAGUGAAGAAGACGUAUCUUUUCAUACCAGUAUUAAGAAAUCUGUUGGAAAAUUUGAUACUGAGAGCAAAAUUUCGUCGAAAGUUAACGACCAAUAUGCCUUAAGACCGGCCAUCAAUCAUGCGGCAAGACAAAAAAUUAAAGAUGAAUUGAGACGAUUUAUAAUAGCUCCGGUAAUGAACGGAAUAGAUGCCGAAGAACCAAUUGAGUACUUGACCGAAAUUAGACAGGUCUGCAUAUUGUUUAUCAAUAUUAAAGUGAAUGCAUCUAUAACCUCCUUCAAGGGAAUUGAAGUUGCUAAUCAAGUAUACAUCGCAGUUUGCGGUAUUGUGAAAAAUAAUUACGGUUGCGUGAAUAAAAUCAGUAAUUUUGACAAAGAUUUAAUGCUAUUGGUUAUUUUCGGAUUAAGAGGAUUCAAACACGAAUUGGAAAGUCAAAUUGCUUUGAAAUGUGCAAUAAAGUGUUAUCAAAAAUUGACAAAUAUGGAACAUAUUUUAGGAGUAGCUGCAGCUAUUACAACAGGAAAAUGCUACUGCGGUGCUUUUGGCCACGCCCUAAGAAGAGAAUAUACAGUGAUAGGUUUAAUUGUUAACAAAGCAGCCAGGCUAAUGGUGGCCUAUCCGAAUAAGGUGACUUGUGACAGAGAAACGUUUUUGCACAGCAAACUUGAAUCACGAAAUUUUAUUUUACAAGAAUACAUAUCGUUGAAAGGCAUUAUUAAUCCUGGACCGAUAUACGAAUUUAAAGGAAUUCAUAAAUUUCAGGACCAAUACAGAAAAGUAAAUCCUCUACCACUCUUAGGAAGAGAACAAGAGAUAGAUUUGUUUAUGACCUUAUUCAGUAGAGCCCGAACUCUGUCGAAAUCCAAGUCAAAGGAUUUAUUUUUUAAUACGCUAAUAUUUCAAGGAGCUUUCAGGCAAGGGAAGACGAGAUUACUGGAAGAAAUUUUGUUCUUAACCGAUCAAACAGUUGCCAGUCAGAGAUAUUCGUUUUCUGCUUUUGAUUAUGACGUGCCAUAUAGAGCCAUCCGGACGAUAUUUUUUAGCUUUUUCGAUAUUCCACUAAGCGCAAAUGAGACAUUGAAGCAAAAACAAAUUAAAACUUACAUAACUAAUAAACCGGAAAUCGCAGAAUAUUUAUGUUUCCUCAAUGUAAUUUUUGACGUUAACUUUCCUCAUUCUAUGGAGUACAAGGCAAUGGACAGGAAAAAGAAAUAUAAAACGCUUCAAAAUGUAUUCAAAAAGUUUUGCAAAAUGGUUUUCGACAAAUUCUACUUAUUAGUUAUCGACGAUUCACAAUAUAUCGACGACGAAUCCUGGCUUCUACUAAAUUUAUUGGUAAAUUUAAAUCUAGUAUUUAUCGUGGCCACUAUGGGUACGGAAACCAUUUCUACGAUCGUUAUGGAAAUACUUAAGAAUGCUAAAAUCAAGAUAGUUGACCUAAAGGAAAUUAAUAAAUGGUUCCAUGUUGGUUUGGCUUGUCAAAUGCUGAACGUUGAUGGGAUCCCACCAGAAUUGGAAAAGACGAUCCAGUUAAAAAGCAGUGGUAAUCCUGGUUGGGUUGAAAGCUUUCUUGUAAGUUUAAUGCAAUCAGGUGGACUUAAAAUGCGUGAAAUGAGUAGAGAAAAUGCUUACGACAAUGGUAUAGUGGUUCCGCCACUUUAUAUGAUUAUGAGAUUAUCUGAAGAUGAAAUUAAACUGUGGGUAGAAAUUAUGGAAGAAAGAAGAAUGUCUAUAAAAGAAGAUAAAAUGGUGACAAGAUGGAAAAUGUUUAUAGACAGCUGCAGAGAAAGCUUUCCAAAUUUAGGCGUGGCAAAAGUAUUUAGCGAAAUGAUAAAAAAGACCGAUAGAUUGCUGAUUUGUACUUUAAACGAAUCUUUUAACUUGGAAGAUGUAGAUCCCGAAUUGGUAAUAGACGUGAUAAUUUUAAAGACAUUUGACGCUCUUACGUCAUACGAACAGCUUCUUCUGAAAUGCAGCGCAAUUUUAGGAGAUGUUUUCCCUAGAGACAUGCUUCUUUACAUUAUGUCUUCGUCUGCUAUCCGAACUACGGCUUUAGCGGUGAAAAAAUUGUUUGAAAUCCAUGUGUUAAGCUGUGCGAAGGGAAACUUUAUAGAAGGUGGGCUCAAUUUUAGAGAUCGAUUAAUCAAUCCCAACGAAGAUAUUGUUGUCAAAUGUGAUUGUAAAGGGAUACUUAUUGAUGAUUCUUGUAAGGAUUUACCUAAAUACGCCUCCUGCGGUUAUCUGAGAUUCCGUUCUUCAGAAUUUAGAGAAACCACAUAUAAUUUAUUAACUGAUAACCAAAAACGAGAAUUUCAUGAAAGAGCUAUAAGAUAUUUGGAAAAGGAAGCAAGAAGAUGCCGGGCUUGCGGAAAUGGCUAUUUUGUUCGACAACUAGGCGGCGGUCGUCUGGACAAUACUUUGAGGCCCAAGAAAAAGGAACACAGUAAAUCCAUGCAAACAGAUACUUCGAGCAUUCUAGAUAAUUAUGGCACUGCAAAAUUGCUGCAACGAAGCUCAUUUAUUAGCUUUGAUAGCUUAUCAGGUACCGUUAGAACAAAAGACCUUUACAAACAAAGAGACGUGUCAUUAUUUUCAGGAGGAUCUGCACAACCAGAACUUCACAUGAGUUUGGAUUCACAUCAAUUGCUGUCUGUUAUAUCUGCUGAGAUUGGAUUUAAAGCUAUAAGGAGACUAAAAGAUAAUUUCAAUUUGAUAAGAACUUUUUCAUCAACCGAUUACUCACAAUGUACUUGUCUUUUAGUUUUGAAUACAAUGUAUUCACAAAUGGUCGAACAUUGUAAAGGAGCAGGUCUUGCAGAAAAAAUUAUGAACGUCACCGUAGAAUACGCUUACGUUUGUAUAGAAAACAAGAAUACCCCUCAAGCAAUCAAAAUUCUGGAGGAAGCCUUGCAACUUUUAGAGGGCCCAAUGAAAGAACAAAUCGAAUUGGAAUGGAUGGUAGAUCUGCGCAAAGGUAAACUCUUUACUUUGUUGGGAAUAGCUAGAAUGCAAAUACAUGACGACGAAGCUUACACUUACUUUAUGGGGGCAUUGAAAUGUUACGGAAUGAGUUUUCCUCAAUCUACGGGAACCAAAAAAUGUUUAAGGACCAUUUUGAAGUUGAAGCAUAAACUUAAAUACAUAUUGGGUUAUAACAUGUUCGCUAGAAGAGUGGAUGACUCCGUUGCUGAAUAUAAUAAUAAUUUGUCCGAAUGUUUGGGAUGUUUAUGUAGAUAUUUUGUGAAGAAAGAUCGGUGGGAUGAAGCAGAAUUGGCAGCGAUCUGGAGUCUAACGAAAGCAGUAGUAACUGAAACUGAUUUUGAAAAAAUGUGUAUCGCUUACGGAAACACCAUCCUUGUUGAAUCCACUUUGGGUAAUCACAGUUUCGUCAUUGCUUUGGAAGUGUACGCGCUUAGAACUUGCCACAAGAAAAAAACUUACAUUGAAUUAGAAGAGAUAAAGGCUGUGGCUUUUCUUUAUUAUGCCAUUUGUCGAGGACGACUUAUACGAGCUGAAAUAGAAAAAUUCCUUCACAUUGGCCACGUAGUGUGGCGAUUGGCAUCAACUUCGCAAAUGGAUGCUCUAGUUUUUCGCAUACUUCCACUGUUGGCGUACAUAGUUCUGUUAAGACGGCAAAUCAAUGAAUGUAUUCAACUCCUUCAAGAAAUACAAUUUUUGAUAGAUCAGGAUACAGAUAAUUCAGAAAAAUGUUGGUAUUAUGAUUUGUGUAUUGUGGUACACCUCGAAACAGGUCUCACAGUUGAGCCAUUCUCUGCAUGCACCAAGUUUUUGCAAGAGGAGGGUCUAGAAGUAUCUAUACGAGAUCCAGAUGCCAAAAGGCAAUUAAUAGUUUGUAUUUGGUUGUGGGAAGUUAGAAAUGAAAAUUGGGAGGCAGCUGUUGUUUGGCAGAAAAUUGCGUGGGAUUUUGAGUUAAAGAAGGUCGGUGAAAAUGUUGCAAACUUAAUAACAGGGUUAUAUUUGCUAGAAGGUCUGAUUAUUUAUCUGAGCCACAAAAUGGACAAAAAAAACUUGAAAUCAGUAAACCGAGCCAAUAAAAGAAUAACAAACUUAUUCGAUACUUUAAACAGGGCGGAAAAAACUUGUAACCUAAUCAAACCUCGUUUGUACCAUAUGAAGGGUUACUACCGAAUUGUCAAAAACAAUGAUUACAAAGGAGCUUUAAAACUACUGAAAAAGGGAAAACAGUUUUCAGAAAAAUAUAUGAAUGAAAUUGAACUACAUUUUAUAAAACAUAGCGAAUCGGCUUGGUUAAAAAAGUUGUCUGGAGAGGAAAUGGAUUUUUGGAAAGAACAUGCAGAUGAAGAUAAUUUAGUAAGCGUAGCAGAUGCAGAUUAUUUAGAUAAAUUUUCUCAGUUUACGCUACCUAUUCCAAUAUACGUAUAAAAGCUAAUUAUACAUUUUACAUUUAUGUUUUAAAUAAACUGUAGAUAU